CUUUCUUUCGUACCAUCAUCAUCCCCUCUCUAGCUCAAGUUCUCCCUACCUGAGUUCUUCUCGGCGCAGCGAGCGGGAGAGGCUUCUCCCAAUCGCAUACAGCCUCAAUAUCCCAUUUAUCGAUUAUCUCGAACUUCAUCCACCCGCAACCAUGCAGCUUUCCAAUUCUAAUAACCAGGACUCAGCACCAACCGACUCCCAGGAGUCUGCAGGCGAAGCUCCAGAGGAGCCACCGCAUGCCCAUACAGGAAUAGCCCAAGACACCAAUGCCGUCCCAUUACCACCCCCGGAGUCCGGUACCUACGACAAAUCGCCUGGCCACACAUACGGUAGUCUUAAGAAGCUCAUCGAGGACCAACAUCCAUCCCUCGCUCCUACCGCAAUGAAACCCAAUGGCAAAAAUCCUAACCAAUCUCCCUCCGUGGCCUCCUCGAAACUCACAGUCCACAGCAAUGGUUCCACGUCACCCCCAUCCUCACCAGCGUUCUCCGCUUCCGACCAGGACUGGCCUAGUGCCCCGUCGACAAGACCAAACAGUCAAGCCCCAAGUAGAGUCCCAAGCAGAGCCCCAAGCUUGUCCGGCGGUCAAUCAGGAGGCAAAGUACAGCCUUUGACAGCUGCAAAUAAAACAACGACGAAACCCUCAAGCGCUCACGAAGGCGUUGUCCAGCGCAGUGUCUCUUCGUCAUCGGCUGCUACGAAUCUCACAUCUUCGCAAUCCACAGUCCGACCCAAAGCGGCCUCCGUGCACAGCAAUGACGGAGACAAGCACAAGUUCAACUUGAGAGAUUUGUUGGGUGCGAAUUCGGGAAAGCUCGUUAGGAGGUCGUCCCAGCGAUCGACGGGUAGCAGUCGAAAGUCUGACUCAGAGAGCGUCGAUGGUGACUACGACCGGAAGAGUGUAGGAAAAGGUGGGGCCAGAUCUACCGCGGGUGAUAGCACAACGAGCUUGAGUAAGAAAUAUGGUGUGUGUCAGAAGAUAGCUAUUGGGAAGGGUGCAACCAGUGUCGUGAGGCUUGCUCACAAGUGGGAUAGAAGUGAGGAGAAGUUGUAUGCUGUCAAGGAAUUCCGCAAACGUCGGAAAAACGAAACUGAGAAAGACUACAUCAAGAAGCUCACCGCUGAAUUUUGCAUAUCCUCUACUUUACACCACGUCAACAUCGUCGAGACUGUUGACCUCGUUCAAGACGAAAGCCAGCACUGGUGUGAAGUCAUGGAAUUCUGUCCUGGUGGCGAUCUUUAUGCGGCGAUUAAGAAGGGUGGAAUGAGUCCUAGUGAGGUCGAGUGCUGUUUCAAGCAGAUUCUAAGGGGAGUAGAGUAUCUACACAGUCAGGGCGUUGCCCAUCGGGAUCUGAAGCCGGAGAAUCUGUUUUUCGAUACUAAGGGACACUUGAAGAUCGGAGACUACGGAGCAUCGACGGUAUAUAGGCUACCUUGGGAAACGACGAUACACAUGUCGACUGGGCUCUGUGGAAGCGAACCCUAUAUCGCGCCGGAACAGUUUUUGGGCAAACCAUACGAUGCACGUCUCGUAGACAUCUGGGCCUGUGGGAUUGUCUACUACUGUCUCCACUUCUCGGAGCUUCCAUGGCGCGCCGCCCAAUCUACCGAUUCACUUUAUGCUUCGUACCUCGCCGCGUGCUCCGCCUCUCCUGCCACGACCGCCUCUAACUCUUCGAACCCUUCUUCAUCCGGUUCGUCAGCCCACUCUUCCUCCAGCAACAACUCAAACUUCCCGCCCACCAUAUCUAACCUAUCUCCUCGGGCCUGUCGUUCUUUGUUGAGGAGGAUGCUGGAGCCGAAUCCGAAAGAGAGGGCUACAGUGGAAGAGGUUAUGAAGCAUCCAUGGAUGAAGGAGAUUGAGAUUUGUUGGGAGGUUGACAAGGCAAAGCACGUUCACGUCAAUGCUGUGAGUAUGGCUAGACAGAUGGAGAGGACAGAGAAGUUAGAGAGGGAUUGAUCGAUUGAAUCUACUUUUGUCUUGAAAGCGUUCUCCCUUUCAUCCCUCCGUCUCUUUGUUUUUCUGGGACCUGCUUGCGACCUCCUUGACAGAUACAAGUUGGUGUUCCUUUCCUGUUUUCCUUUUGCUGUCCCCUUUAUUCCUUUCCCUGUACCACCUUACUGCUUCGUAGUUACCCUGCAUGCAUGAGUCUGGCUCCAGCUGCUUCUAGUAUUCACCGUGUAUAUGUAGUCCACCAAGUAAUGACAAUGAACGUUGAUGUCACUUCACGUGGCACAAUAACCGAAGUAGGUUAGAA